AGUCACAACUCCCCUGUGUCUGGAUAGAUCAGCAAACCGACAAAAUAUACAAAUAGCAAUGCUCCGAUAAUGGCAAAAAAUGGUGAAGGCAUCACUGCCUCUGCUAAACCCUUACCAGUCACUACGACACGCUCAGCCAUGGAAGCACUGCCAUCAGAGAGCGCAGUGGUCAGUCAUGCGCUUCCACCUGAGAAACCGGAAGCGAUACGGACACGAACCAAAGUUAUACUCGCAUUUUGGGUGGUGAUUAUAUUUUUCGGGAUUCCGAUGUGGUGGAAGACGACUUCUGUUUACCGGGCAUCGUUACCCCUGGAUGAGAUGAUGAGUUGGGCUGAGGGCAAGGCAUGCAAACCCGAAUUCCCAUUAGAGAUCAUUCUUCGCACACCAUCUGUCUCAUUGGCCGAGGCUCAAAGCCUUUUGAGAACCACACAACAUGCCCUGGACGACUUGAACGAGUUUCCGGUACACCAUUUACGACUAAAGCUUGCAGAUCAUACUGAGACGAAAGAAAACAAUAAACUUGAUAGCGAUGUUGAAUCAGUGGAUAAAUCAAAUGCAGCACUGGUCGUAAAUCUCAUUCCUACGGAAAUCGCAACUCCUACUUCACAGCUUCAUUCCUAUUCACCACGCAUGGAUAUAUGGUACCCGUCUAGUCAGCUCUCGUCCAUUACCUCGACAACCUCCCCACUUAUCACAUUUAUCGCUGGCGAGAUUCAGAAAUUAUUCAACGAGGAGAAAGCAACAAUAGCAUAUAUUUUGGGCCAGAGCAACCCUGCAUUGGCAUCUUCGUACCCUGGAGGAGGUCAAUUGGCGGAGCUCGUCAGCAAACGAGUCGGCAGGUCGCUCAAGUACGCAGAGACAUACCAUUUGUCCUUUUCUCUUUUCACACCUGGUUCACAACCGUCGUCGUGGGAAAUUGAAGAUGCAAUUCAAGAAUACAUGGUUCCAUUGUUGGACGCCUUCUCGCCAAUCAGCAACUUUUCAAUAGACACUCAGGUCCAGUUGUAUGCUUCAUUCGCCCCGACAUCUCCUCAUCCGGAGUAUGAUGAAAGAACUGAACAAUGGACGCUCAAGGAGGAAGAUCUUAGCACCUUUGUGAACGCGGCAGAAUGGCCAUUGAGUCCGAGUAUAGGCAGCGGACCAACGAUUAAUUUUGUUCUUUAUGUUCCUGCUGCAGCACAAUCGCCGUUGGUCGUUAAGGAGAGUCUUGCAACGAGCUGGAUUGUGCCGCAAUGGGGUGGUGUUGCUAUUGUCAAUCCACCAGUAUCUACUAUUGCGGCUGGCGACGCUGUCAAUCCGCCACACCUCUCUAAGGAGUCAUUGAAACCUGCUCUCCUCAUCUUCUCGCACCAACUCCUCACUCUCCUCGGCACGCCAGCCACACCAUCCUCACUCCCACUCCGCCUCCAAACCUCAAUACGUACCCGAGCAGCUACGUUGUUGCUAUCUGCAUCAUCAACAAUGGGCUCCUUAGCCCGCCUCACUCAAUCCCUCUCCUCAAUUCCUAUCCCCUUAAACGUCGCCUCAUCCGUCCUCACCACCUUAUCCCAUCUAAAAUCCACAUGCCAGCUCCUCCGCGAAGGAAAAUUCACCGCCGCAUUAGCGAGCGCACGGAUAGCCGAAAAGGAAGCCGAGAAGAGUUUCUUUGAGAAGAGUAUGGUUGGGCAAAUGUACUUUCCGGACGAGCAUAAGAUUGCGGUUUAUUUGCCGCUGUUGGGGCCUAUUGGAGUUCCGUUAGUGAUGGGGUUGUUGAGGGAGGUGAAGAAUUUUGUGGUUGAGCUCAAGCGGAGGAAGUCUUCUAAUUCAUGA